UACUGAAUAGGGAGCCGGGAGGUAUGAAUGUAAAUUUUCCCGUGAGAAUCAAGUGGACUCCGACAAAACAGAGGUUCCUCCUCUUCCUGUAUCUGUAUCUGUUUCUGUUCGGUGAUCAAAACCCUAAACUGCUAAACCUGUUGACGUUCGCCGAUCCAUAUGCAUAAGAAGAAAAUUUAUCUAAUACCGCACAGCAUAUUAACGAAGUAGACGGCAGAUGGGUUUGACCAUUCUCCAAACUAUCUCGGUUCUCUUGCUUUCCUUCUUCUUCUACCCCGUCAAAUCGGCUCCCCAACCCUUCCGGCGAGAUCCUGGUCAUCCGCACUGGCACCACAGCGCUUUCCACGAUGUGAAGGAGAGCGUCCGAUCUGAUAUCCGCCGAAUGCUUCACACUCGCGCUGAGGUUCCAUUUCAAGUCCCUCUUGAGGUUAAUGUUGUCCUUGUUGGUUUUAAUGGUGAUGGGGGCUAUAGAUACUACUUGGAUGCACAGAAGCUGGAGGAUUUCUUGAAAAUCAGCUUCCCAACACAUCGACCCUCCUGCUUUGAAACUGGCGAACCUAUUGAUAUCGAGCACCAUGUCGUAUAUAAUACAAUACCCGUUGGUCGCCUAGAAUUAAUAUCCCUUGAGAAGGCACUUAAGGAUGCAAUGGUCCCUGCAGGAACUGCUAGAGAGAAUGAAUAUGGAAGGGAGCUUUCUCUCUUUGAGAUAGAAGCCACUAUAGUGGAGCCAAUGUUCCAAAAAUUGUACUCUUUCUUAUUUGACGAUGAAGGCGGCAGAUCUAACGAAGAGAUGGACAGACCUGUGCCUACUGCAGUAUUUAUCACCAACUUUGACAAGGUUAGAAUGGAUCCUAGGAACAAGGAAAUUGAUCUGGAAAGUAUAAUGAACAAUAGAGUAGAGAAGCUUACAGAUGAACAGUUGAGAAGUCAAGAAGGAGAUUAUAUUUACCGUUAUAGGUACAAUGGAGGGGGGGCUUCUCAAGUUUGGUUAGGCUCGGGAAGAUAUGCAGUGAUUGAUUUGUCAGCUGGUCCUUGUACGUAUGGGAAAAUAGAAACUGAAGAAGGGAGUGUGAGUUAUAGAACGUUGCCACGGCUGUCCGGUAUCAUCUUUCCAAGAGGUUCAACUGUUGUUAAUGUUGAUUCCACUAAUGACCUGUUGAUUGGACACCUCGGAGCUCUUGUUGCAACUACUGUCGAGCAUGUUAUCGCGCCAGACAUCAGAUUUGAGACGGUGGAUUUAACCACAAGGUUGCUGAUACCUAUAAUAGUCUUGCAAAAUCAUAAUAGAUACAACAUUCUUCAAGGCGGUCAUAAUUACAGCAUAGAUAUUAAAGCAAUUGAGCAAGAGGUAAAAAAGAUGGUACAUGCUGGACAGGAGGUAAUCUUUUUUAGUGGAUCCUAUGCAUUACAUCGCCACGAAAAGUUAGCAAUUGCAGUUUCAAAGGCUAUGCGAGCUCAUUCUCUUCAAGAGACAAGGAAAGAUGGACGGUUUCAUGUUCACACUAGAACAUAUUUAGAUGGAGCCAUCCUUAAGGAGGAGAUGGAGCGUUCUGCUGAUAUGCUUGCUGCUGGUUUACUAGAGGUUGCUGAUCCUUCUCUUGCAAGCAAAUUCUUCCUUCGUCAGCAUUGGAUGGAUGAAUCAGACGACAUACAAGAUGCCAUUAUUAAGCACAAGCCACUGUGGGAGUCAUACUAUCCUCAACGUAGCAAAGAUAAAAAGCGAAGUGGGAAAAAAAAGCAAGGGAAUGUGUACAAAACUUACGGGACCAGAGUAGUCCCUGUGUUUGUGCUAUCUAUGGCUGGUGUUGAUGCUAACCUUUUGAUGGAAGAUGAAAACCUUGUGUGGACGAGCAAGGAUGUCGUUAUUAUCCUUCAGCACGAUAAUGAGAAAAUACCUUUAAGCUAUGUUUCUGAAACCACAAAGCAGUAUGCCUUUCCCUCCAUGGCACAGCGCCAUAUCUUGGCAGGAUUAGCUUCAGCAGUUGGAGGUUUAAGUGCGCCUUAUGAGAGAGCAUCACAUAUACAUGAAAGACCCAUUGUUAACUGGCUUUGGGCUUGUGGUUGUCAUCCAUAUGGGCCUUUCUCCAAUACAUCUAAAAUUAGUCAAAUGCUACAGGAUGCUGCCUUGAGAAGCUCAAUAUAUGCAAAUGUUGAUGCUGCUCUUCACAAAAUACGAGAUACUUCAGAAGCCGUUCAGUCUUUUGCUUCCGAGCACCUCAAGACUCCACUUGGCGAGCCUGUGAAAGGAAAGAAAAAUAAGACUGCAACUGAUCUGUGGCUGGAAAAGUUUUACAAGAAGGUUACAAAUUUGCCUGAACCGUUCCCACAUGAGCUUGUGGAGCGCCUGGAACAAUAUUUGGAUAAAAUUGAGGAACAAUUAGUUGAUUUAUCCGCACUUCUAUAUGACCACCGCUUAGAAGAUGCAUACCAGAACAGUUCGGACAUAUUUCAGAGUACCAUAUAUACUGACCGUUAUGUACAGCGUGUUUUAGUUGCUGAAAAGGAUAAAAUGAGGUGCUGUAAGAUCGAGUACAAAUUGCCUGCACAUUCUUCACAAGUUUUCAUCUAUGGGGGAAUACUUCUAACAGGAUUUAUCGUGUACUUCUUUGUUAUUUUCUUUUCAUCGCCUCUUCGCUGAUAAAUAAUAAUGUUUUAAUUAAUUAAAAUAUGUCAAUUUUGUAGCUCGCAUAUCAUGAGAUCUUAGCAGCUGUGACACUCUCUUCAUUGUAACUCUAUUUAGAGGAAUAUGACUUUGAUGUUAUUAU